AUUCUGUCACUGUGUGAGUUCAGGAAAAUGGCUGAGGCAAGUGUUUCAGUAGAUCAGCUUUCAGUGGAUCAGUUCAGCUGUUCAGUGUGUCUGGAUCUCCUGAAGGAUCCGGUGACUCUCUCUUGUGGUCACAGUUUCUGUAAGGUGUGUAUUAAUGACUGCUGGGAUCAGGAGGAUCAGAAGGACUUCUACAGCUGUCCUCAGUGCAGAGACACUUUCACUACAAGGCCUGUUCUACGCAGAAACAACAUAAUGGCUGAAGUGGUGGAGAAACUGAAGAAGACUGAAGUCCAAGCUGCUUCUCGUUCUCACUGUUACGCUGGUCCUGGAGAUGUGGAGUGUGAGUUCUGCACCGGGAGAAAACACAAAGCCGUCAAGUCCUGUCUGGUGUGUUUGGCUUCGUUUUGUGAAACUCAUCUCAAACCUCACUAUCAAGUUCCUGGAUUAAAAAAGCACAAGUUAGUCGAAGUCUCUGGAAAUCUACAAGAGAAGAUCUGCUCUGAACAUAAUAAAAUAUUGGAGAUUUUCUGUCGUUCUGACCAAAGCUUCAUCUGUUAUCUGUGUAUGAUGUAUAAACACAAAGGUCAUGACACAGUCACAGCUGCAGCAGAAAGAACUGAAAAACAGAAUGAGUUAAAGAAGGAGCAGAUGAAAUUCCAGCAGAGACUCCAGGAGAAUCAGAAGAAGGUGCAGGAGCUGAAACAGACUGUGAACACUAUAAGGCUCAGUGCAAAGAUAGCAGUGGAGGACAAUGAGAUCAUCUUUACUGAGCUGAUCAGCUUCAUGGAGAAAAAGCGCUCGGAGGUGACGGAGAUGAUCAGAGCUCAGGAGAAGGCUGAACUGAGUCGAGCUGAACGACUCCUGGAGCAACUGGAGCAGGAGAUUGUUGAUCUUCAGAGGAGAGUCACUGAAAUGGAGAAGCUUUCACACACACACGAUGACAUCCACUUCCUACAGGAAAUAAAGCUACAGGAGGAGCAGCUGAAAUUCCAGCAGAGACUCCAGGAGAAGCAGAAGAAGGUGCAGGAGCUGAAACAUUCUGUGAACACUAUAAAGCUCAGUACACAGACAGCAGUGGAGGACAAUGAGAGGAUCUUUACUGAGCUGAUCAGCUUCAUGGAGAAAAAACGCUCGGAGGUGACGGAGAUGAUCAGAGCUCAGGAGAAGGCUGAACUGAGUCGAGCUGAACGACUCCUGGAGCAACUGGAGCAGGAGAUUGAUGAUCUUCAGAGGAGAGUCACUGAGCUGGAGAAGCUUUCACACACACAUGAUCACAUCCAUUUCCUCCAGGAAAUAAAGGCUUUAGUCUCUGGUCGUCACUCUCCUUCAAUUGAUAGACCAGAUUUUCAGUCUGAUCUCUGUGAGCAUUCAUCCAGCAUCACUGUCAAUCAACAUCUCUCAUUUUACAGAGUGAGGAAAUCUAUCUCUGAUCUGAAAAAGAGACUCGAGGAAAUCUGUCAGGAGGAAUUCAUCAAAAUCCCUGAACAUGUUGAGGACGUUCAGAUUUUACCUUUAGAGCUGAACAGCAGAGACGAGUUUCUGAAAUUUGAGGAUGUUCAGACUUUACUCUUAGAGCCAAACAGCAGAGACGAGUUUCUAAAAUAUUUCUGUGAUCUGACUCUGGAUCCCAACACAGUAAAUCAUCACCUCAUUCUGUCUGAGGAGAACAGAGCAGUUACGUACAGUGAGACGAUGGAGCGAUACUCUGAUCAUCCAGAGAGAUUUGACUACUACAGUCAGGUUCUGAGUAAGGAGAGUGUGUGUGGACGCUGUUACUGGGAGGUGGAGUGGAGCAGUCAGAGAUGCGUGUUAAUAUCAGUCUCAUAUAAAGACAUCAGCAGGAAAGGUCGGGGUAUUGAGUGCUGGUUUGGAGGCAACAGUCAGUCCUGGAGUCUGGAAUGUUCUCCUUCUUCUCUCUCAUUCUGGCACAACAACAUUAAGACUGAUCUCAGCGUUCCAUCAUCCUCCAGAAUAGGAGUGUAUGUGGAUCACAGUGCAGGAACUCUGUCCUUCUACAGCGUCUCUGACACCAUGAAGCUCCUCCACAGAGUUCACACCACAUUCACUCAGCCUCUAUACGCUGGGUUCUGGCUCUACUGGGAUGUUUUGUGUAAAUCAGAUUCAACUGUGAGGUUGUGUGAUCGAAUAAAAUAAUAGGUUUGUGGUGUUUUAUGGUCAAUAAUUUAUCAUUAAAUAAACUCCAUGAACUUUUCCUCAUUGAUCUUUAACAGUGAAAAACAUCAACCUAAAAUCACACAAAACACUGAACUUUAAAACACUGAGUUUUGUCUUGUUUUCAAAUCAUAAAUUACUUAUAAAAGAAAUGAAACUGUAAGUUCUGAUCAUAUUGAUAAAGAUUUAUAUUAAAGUUCUACUGAUUACUGAAAUUAUUGUAGCAGAAUGUCUGAAG